AUGGCCUCCGCAGCCGCAUUGGAUCCCGUCAAGACGGCCCUGCUUUCCAAUCCCAUCGCUAGCGUUUUAGGAGAUGCCCUCAACUCGUUUAACGAGCGAAGGGCCAAAUUAGGCCUUUCCAACCCAGGAACUAUCGAGAGUCUUGCCAAGGAGGUUCAGCGCGAUGUCUUCCUCAACAAUUACAUGUUCACCGGAAUGCGUGCCGAUCUCACAAAGAUCUUUAGCAUGGCUCCUCUCUUCCAGGUUUCCCACCAAUUCGCCAUGGGAGAGCGUAUUAACCCCUACACAUUUGCUGCGAUGUACGGAACAGGCAAGGUCUUUUGCCAAGGUAAUCUGGAUAACGAGGGUUCUCUCUCCGGUCGAUUCAACUGGAGAUGGUCCGACAAGUUUGUAUCCAAGUCUCAGAUCUCCAUUUCUCCCGGUGGUCAGGAUAUGGCGCAGUUCGAACACGAGUAUACUGGCAACGAUUUCAGCGCAUCCCUCAAGAUGCUGAACCCUUCUUACCUUGAGGGUGGUGUGACUGGCAUCUAUAUCGGAAGCUACCUCCAGUCUGUUACUCCCAAACUCGCCCUAGGUCUUGAAACUCUCUGGCAGCGACCUGCCCUUACCCAAGGCCCCGAGUGCGCUGUCUCUUAUGCUGCCCGCUACAAGUCCGCAGACUGGAUCGCUACCGCUCAGCUCCAGGCUGCUAUGGGCACCCUUAACACCUCCUACUGGCGACGACUCUCGGACAAGGUGCAGGCCGGUGUUGAUUUGAGCCUCGGCCUCGUUCCCUCUGCAGGUGGCCUCAUGGGUGGUGGCCUUCAGAAGGAGGGCGUCACCACUAUUGGUGCCAAGUACGAUUUCCGCAUGUCUACUUUCCGGGCUCAGGUGGACUCUAAGGGCAAGCUUAGCUGCGUUCUGGAAAAGCGUGUUGCACCACCCGUUAUGAUGACAUUUGCUGCUGACAUUGAUCACUUCACGCAUCAAGCCAAGAUUGGGUUGGGUGUCUCAAUUGAGGCAGCCCCUGAGGAGCUCCAAGAGCAACAGGAGUCUCUUGGCUCCCAGCCUCCCCCUAACAUUCCCUUUUAA